AUGAUUUGGCCUGUCAAGGGAUCUCUGUCUAUGAUUGAAGUUCAUCGUCUGCCACCUCUGAUUGGUCCGUCCGACUUUCAGCAAAUCGCUGCGCUUCACGUGGCCCUCAGCAGCUCGCGCAAGACCAUUGGAUCAUUUUCCCAUUUACCUCGUACCCCCCAGAGAGCCGUGAGAGGCAUGAGAUUGCUCUCGUGCAUCGCUGUGACGAGUCUCCUGACUCCCGUACGAGCUCUGUACUCGGAAGAGGACCAUGUCAAGAUACUGGACGACGAGGACUUUCGUGUCCAGGUGCAGCAGGACUCGGGCGUGUGGCUCGUGGAGUUUUACGCGCCAUGGUGCGGCCAUUGUAAAGAGCUGGCUCCAGAGUACAAGAAAGCGGCCAAAGCGCUUGCAGGUGUCGUGAAUGUAGCGGCAAUUGACUGUCAGGAGAACGAGGGCUUUGUACAGGAGUUUGCUGUGACCGGGUAUCCUGCCAUCAUGAUCUUUGGCGAGGAUAAAACUAAGCCGACCUUGUUUGACGGGGACCGCACAGCGAAAGGAAUUGUGGAAGCUGCGCUGACAGCGUCUCGUCGAGUGGUCAAGGCCCGGUUGGACGAUGGUACGGAGGAGAAGAAGAGGAAGUCUCGGUCGGAAGCCAAGAAGAAGAGGAAGGCGAGUGGCAAGAGCAGCGUGGUACAGCUUACAGAUGCGACGUUUGAUGGCAUGGUGCUGAACAGUGGAGACGUGUGGCUCGUGGAGUUCUAUGCGCCAUGGUGUGGCCACUGCAAAGCUCUGGCUCCAGAGUGGGAGCAAGCGGCGUCUAAUCUGAAGGGAUCCGUGAAGCUAGGAGCUCUGGAAGCGACAGUGAACGAAGAGAAGACAACUGAGUACGGGAUUCAAGGGUUUCCUUCGAUUAAGGUAUUUGGACCCAAUGCCAUGGGUCCUGCGGAUGCCCAGGACUACACGGGCGAGCGCACGGCUUCUGCUAUUACGGACUUUGCUUUAACAGCGCUGGAGACAAUGGGUGGUGGUUAUCAAAUCAAGGAGCUUGUCUCGGAGGAUGCCGUGGCCGAUAUUUGUAACGGCAGGUCGAGCUGCGUGAUUAGCGUCCUCCCGCAUAUCACUGAAGGCGGUAAGCGUGCGCGUGAUGGCUUUAUCAAAACCCUCGAAGACGCAGUGAAGCUGGUACUUGGCAAGCCGUUCAAGUUUGGAUGGAUGCAGGGCGGCGACCAGCCGGAGUUUGAGAACCGCUUCGAGCUGACGUUUGGAUACCCAUCGUUGGUGGCUAUCAACUUGGAUCGGAAGCGCUACGUCGUGCAACGCGGUGCUUUUACGGCCGAAGCCAUUAGUGAGUUUUUGCAGGAUGUCAUGCAAGGUCGCGAGUCGACGGUGGGCUUUGAUGAGCUACCGGCGAUCAAGACGGUGGAGCCGUGGGAUGGCGAGGACGUGCAGCUCGACGAGAUUGAAGAGGAUGAUGAUGAUGACGAUAUCUUGAGUGAGAUCCUUGCCAAUGCCGUCAAAAAGGAAGAGCUGUGA